AUGGAUUCUGGCCCGAACCCGGUGACCAACGCCCAGCUGUCGGCCCCCGAGGCGGGGACCGACAGCGGGACCGUGGUCAAUUCAUCACAGUCCCCUCAACUGGCAGACCAGCCGAGUCGACAUACCUCCACCGAGCAGUCGCAGCCCGUCGCCGAGUCCCAUCCGCCUGCCCCGACCCCGUCGACCACGGAAUCCUCCGAGUCCGUCGAGCAUGCAUACUGGACCGAGUUCGAUGCAGACACAAGUGCCCCAGACGAGGAGGAGGUGAAGGAGAUUGAGGCGGCCGAAAAUGAUUACAGUGCGCAUGACUACGAGUACUGGGAAAAGAACUUCUUCGGGAAUCUCGACGACCCCGAAUAUCAACCCAGCGAGAAGGCUCGUCUCACCUGGAAGAUUAAGGGUGUCCGAGGCACCGCAGAACAGCCCAAUCGAGAGAAGGUUAUGCGCUCUCCGGCCGCAUACGUGGGUGGAUAUUGGUGGCGGAUCAAGUUCUACCCGCGUGGAAACAAUGUGGGUGCCCUGAGUGUCUAUCUCGAAUGUUCGCGGACGCUCCCCACCCCGGAUCAGCAACAGCCCCAGACGGAAUUCCAAGUCCGCCGAGGCCCGUCAGAUUCCGCUCUCGAUGCGCCAGAGCUGGACAUGCAGUUCGACGCAACCGACGAUCCAGCGGCCUGGUUGGAAAAAUACAAGGCCCAAUAUCCCGCGGCCGCGGCUGCCGCGCCGACUGGGGCAGAUGCGGACCUCUGGCGGGUGUCGUCCCAGAUUGGUGUCCUGGUGUACAAUCCGGAGGAGCCGCGGACGGGAUGGAUGCAGUCCUCAUGCCACCAGUUCAACCCGCACAAUCUGGACUGGGGUUGGACCUAUUUCCACGGCCCAUGGGACCAGAUCCAUAUUCGCCGACGAGGCCAGCACCGUCCCUUGCUGUGCGAUGACACGCUCGCCUUCGAUGCCUAUAUUCGAGUGAUCGAUGAUCCAACAAAGUCCCUAUGGUGGCAUCCAAGUGACUCGGAGCCGACGUGGGACAGCCUGGCUCUGACGGGCUACCGGCCUCUCGGAGACUCGGUCAUCAACCACAGUGCUGAGGUAGCCGGGCUGGCCUCGUGGUUGCACAUCGCCCCAUUCUGCCAGAUCAUCCAAAGUGUGGAUGUGCUCGAACACUUGAACAAUUGCGAUGUCAAGCCCAAGCCUUUGUGUGAUGCCCUCCAGAAGCUCUUGUGGCAGUUACGCUGCCGGAGCAAGUCUUUGCAGUAUGUCGACACAGAUGGCAUCACGUCCACUUUGCGCAAUCUCCAUGAGUAUUCCAGCGACGUGUCAGAGUUCUGGGAGCGUCUGCGGCGGACGCUAGAAUUGGAGCUCGCGGGUACUGACGCAGGCAAGCAAUUUGCCCAGUUGUUUGACAGCCCAGCCCCAGAGAGUUUGAUUUCGCAGUCAGCCAGGCCCGUGAAUACCCUGCCAACGGGUUUCAAUUCCCGUCUGCGUGUUUCGGCUGAUCAAUUUUCGUCCACUGGAGAAGCGGUCAAGAACUGGCUCGACGCUAAACCAGGCUCAUGGGCUCUACCACCGAUUCUGCACAUUGAACUCAACCGCCAUGUGCUCGACAAGGGCAUGCGGUGGCAGCUGCUGUACAGCAAGGUCGAUUUGGACGAGGAGCUGAAUCUCGCUCCAUAUGUGGUGGAUGGUCAGGAUGGCAAGUAUGUCCUUUACGGCUAUAUCGUGCACCGUGGUCGCCGCACAUCGGGCAAAUUCUUCAGCAUUCUCCGGCCGGCCGGCCCUGGAACCAGAUGGCUGGCUUUCGAUGACGGCAGCGACAACCGCGUGGAGUGCCUGACCCGCACGACGGCCCUGGGUCCGCAUCUAGGUCUCAACUCGUCUCAAGCUGUGGAUCACAAGAAGGGUCAUGACGUUCCCAUCGGCGUGAUGUACAUCCGCAGCGACAAGGUGUCCGAGCUCUUGCCCGGUCCCCAGGGUCCGUGGGAGGUUUCAGAAGAGCUUAAGCAGUACUACGACACCGGUGUUUAUCCUUCAAUCCCUCAGUCAGCCGAUGGCGAUGUUCAAGUCGAGGUCUACUCCCUGCCCCGGUACGAGCAGCUGAACAGUCUCUUCGAUACCUACGACCUCAUGUCCCAGGCCAAAGCUGCGAAUGGGGUCAUGUACAUGACCCUGCCCCGCUCGUCGCCCAUCGUCGAUCUGCGUAAGAAGAUUGCGAUGUGGAAGUCAACAGACUCAGAGGCCCUUCGGCCCGAGCGAGUUCGUCUCUGGCAGAUCGGACACACUCGCGCCCAGUUUGGUCCCACGCUUGCGUUUGAUCGGAUUACGGAUCUGAAUGCACCGCUUGAUCCCUCGCUGAGCACCAUUCGCUUCUGGGUAGAGACUAUCUCAGAAGCAGAUGCCAAGCUCUUUGCCAUGCCUGAUCCGCCCACAGCGGCUACAGCUGAAGACAAACCUGACGACUCUGUGUUCGAGCGCGAAAACUCCGGCACGCCCGAACCGCCCCCCUCCAUGGCUGACGGGGAUGCGGAGGCUAGUUCCUCUGGCAACGUCCCCAACGAGAGUGCUGCCGCUCCUGCACAAGUCACCAGUGUUCCUGACAUCGAUGAUUCACUUCCUCCAGUGGCCACUGCAUCUCCAGAAGGUGAUGCCUCUGCGGAAAGAGCCGAGGCUCUAGCCGCUCUGGCAGUGGCCGCAGCCUAUGACCGACAAGCGGCGGAGGCUGCGCCGACUACGUCGACUGAACAGACCCCAAGUAGCUCCACCAGUACGGCGCCCGUUGAACCCGCUCAGCCUGAAUCCACGGUGACUUCGGUUGAGCCAGAAGUAGCCCUUCCCGUGGGCCACGCGUACUACUUCAUUCAGAUCUUCGAUGCCGACAACCAAGUCCUACGCACUGUGGGCUCGUUCUUCUCCCAGCUCGAGGCAAAUGUCAAGGCAUCAAUUCGGAAGCAUCUCCAACGGCCGAUUCGACAGGAUUUCCUCAUGUGGAAGCGAGUGGACGGCACCACCGUCACGACAGUUUCGCCGGCCGAAAACUUCCUUGACGUGGUUGUUCCUCACGGUGCAUGUAUCAUUAUCGGGGACAAGUUGAGUAAAGACAAACGCUCUCAGCUUGGCGCUGCUGGCUUGUUCGCCAGUCCCGAUCGCCUCGUUCAGUACUUGUGGGCCGAAUCUCGCGGUCAUCCGAUCCAAGGCUUCACCGGCACCAAAACUGUGGAAGCCACUUUCACAGCCGACUACUACAGCGGCCAGUUCCUGAAGGGCUACUACCACGGUCACGGAAAACACAUCUCGGCCACAGGUACGGUGUACGAGGGUGACUUCGUUCUGGGCCGACGCCAGGGCCAGGGCAAGAUGGAGUAUCCUACAGGCGAUACAUACGACGGCGACUGGGUUGAAGACGUGCGCCAUGGUCAAGGUACCUACAUCGAGAAGACAACGGGCAACAAGUACGUCGGUGGCUACAAAGACGGCAAACGCCAUGGCAAGGGCAUCAGCUAUUGGGAGGUGGCCGAGGACGAGUUGGAUCUGUGCCAGAUCUGCUACUCAGAGGAGCAGAAUGCUGUCUUCUGCGACUGUGGCCAUGUCUGCGCGUGCGUGACUUGUGCGAAGCAGGUGGAUCUCUGUCCGAUCUGCCGCAAGACUAUCAAGAGCGUCAUCAAGAUCUAUCGGACAUAA